AUUUACUGAGCUUCUACUUGUUCAUACUGGCCCAUUUAACUGCAGUUUUCACCCAGACGGAACCGUGUCAGCCUGGUUCGGUGGCUGGUGGCUUCGCUGCGAGACACUGAUGAAAAACCAACUGAUCAAAAUCAACCGGAACCGGUCCAAUACCGGAACGCUCCAGUUAGAGAAGCUGUUAGCCGCUUAGCUAGCCGCCGUCAGUCCGGUCAGAGGAGUCAGAGGAGACCGAGCUCCGGCUGAAGGCCUGAAUGUUUCCCCCUGCCCUGGUUCCCUGCAGCCGGGCCACAGCUACAUGUUAAACACCGCAUUCUGCGGGAGGAAGGCCGAGAACCGCAGAGCUAAGCUGAAGCUGACUGUGCCCCUCUUUGUUAAAACAAAGGCGGCAGAGAUGCGUUCAGGGACCAGAAGGGGCGUUUAAGGACCUUUACUGAAGACUCUCAAGAGACUGGGAGAAGUGCAGAUGACUGUGGACAUACUGGUGAGAACUGGAGUGGGCAAAACUGUGAACUCCUUCAGGAAACAUGACGACGUAGGAGAGCUGGCCAAAAGCCUGGUAGCCAAGUGGAAGAAGCUGGUUCCUCAGACUGCAGACAGACCUAACAGUCACCCCAAACCAGCUCCCCAGUCCCACCACAGGUCCUACAGAGAGCCGUCUCCUGAGGAAGAGCGCUCCUACGUGGAGGAAGAGGAGGAGGAGAUGGUGUACCAGUCAAACUACUCCCCCUCUCCGUCUCAGCAGCAGCAGUACAGCCCCCCGCAGCGAGGCGGCUACGAGUCAGACGAAUACGAGCCGGAGCCGAGCCCUCCUCCUCUUCCUCCUCUUCCUCCUGCCCGUAAAGAGAUCCGCCACAGCAAACCGAGCAAGAACCAUCACCACAGAGACGAAGAGCGGUGGCAGGCGGGCAGCGACCGAGGAGGAGGAGGGAAGAAACGGAGCGCUGACCGGGAGAGGACCAACAGUCCGCCGCCACCGCCGCCGCAGAAGAAGCACAGCAGGAAGUCGACGCCGCACGACACCAAGAAGGAGGAGAAGAAGAAAGGAGGAGAGGACGGUCGACCUCGACCACCGAAGGACUCCCCUUCCAAGGAAGACGACGAUGACUUCGAGGCGCCCACCAUGUCCUUCGAGUCGUUCCUCACGUACGACGCGCCGACUCCUGUCAAGAAGAAGAAGAAGCAGCAACCGUCGUCCUCUUCUCACAGCAAACCAUCUCAGUCCUCCUCCGGUUCGUCGUCGCGUCAGAACCGAACGACGGCCUCCUCUUCCUCCUCUUCCUCUAAAGCGAAUAAAGCGAACGGAUCUCAGAGCUCCAAGAGGAGUCACUCCGACUCCAGGUCUUCAGAACCCAAACCAGAGAAACGCAAACGGGUUGUGGAGGCUCUUCCGACGCUCCCAGACAUCCCGCUCCCAGCGAUCCAGCCCAACUACAGACCUCUGCCCUCCAUCGACACGCCGCUGUCCCCUCAGCGGCGCAAAGUUCCCGUGUGCAACGAUGAGGAGGACGCAGGCUUCACUGGGAAGCGCUUCAACUCCAAGAUGGUGGUCUACUCAGGGUCGAAGACGUCCUACCUGCCCAGGAUGAUGACCCUGUAUGAGCAGUGCAUCCGGGUUCUGCAGAACAACAUCGACUCCAUCGCCGAAGUGGGCGGAGUCCCCUUCGAGAUCCUGGAGCCGGUUCUGGAGAGAUGCACUCCUGAGCAGCUGUACCGGAUCGAGCAGAGCAACCAGUGCUUCACUGAGGACUCAGACGAGCUCUGGAUGCGUCACUGCCGGCGGGACUUCAAGCGCGAGUCUCCCCAGGAGUUCGAGUCGUGGAGGGAGAUGUACCUGCGGCUGCACGACGAGCGCGAGGAGCGGCUCAGGUUGCUCACCCAGAACAUCAGCUCUGCCCACGCCAACAAACCCAAAGGACGGCAGGUUAAGAUGGCGUUCGUGAACUCGGUGGCCAAGCCGCCGCGGGACGUCCGCCGCCGCCAGGAGAAGUUUGGAACCUCCAGCGGCUCGUCAUCUGCUUCCACCGCAGCUGCUUCCCCCAUCAAAAUAAAACCAGCAUCCUCUGACUUUGCUGGUGACUCCAGCCGCUCCUCUUCUUCACAUUUCAGCUCUCCAGCCAGUUCGUCUCGCUCUUCAGCGCCACCUGGAGGAGGAGGAGGAGGAGGAGGAGGAACUGUUCAUCCCGGCCGGGAAAAGCCACAAGUCAAAAAAAUCGCCCCCAUGAUGGCGAAAACCAUCAAAGCGUUCAAGAACCGAUUCUCCCGCCGGUAGUCUGCCAGAAUCCGAAGGAAGGUUUUAAUUUCAUUUUAGCUGCUUUUUUCCUCCAGACACACACGGCAUGAACUUCACGGUACUGCUGAAAACACGGCUUCCUUUCUGCAGCUUUUUCAGUAUUUCCCUCCGGCGCCGACGGCACACAGACACAGGCGGACAUCUUUAACCGCUGGAACGUUUUCACCGUUUGGGGACUGUAGACGUUAGAUGGCUCUGCUUUUCUGAGCUGAGCACAAAAACUAGAAACAAACAUGGAAUCAGAGAACGCGUCGAUUUGUAGAUAUGAACAGAAUCAGCAUCGGCUGGAACCAGCUCUUUGGGUUUGAUCUGGGUGACUUUCAGAAAAUCAUGCUUCACUGCAGAAAAAUCAUGAUUUACGCAGAUUAAUACUGAGAAACAGGAUUUCAUUUAUUUUAUCCCAACUCCCUAUUUGAAUUAAUUGUGGUCCGGAUCUCUGUUUGGACCCGCUGGCGCGGCUGGUAGAACCAAAACGAUGUCCUGUUGGUAGAUGGUAUUAAUUGAAUGAGGUUGUGGAGAACAGGAGUCCAGUCGUCUCUGUGGAGCCAAACGUCCUGCAGCGGUCCGGUCCGGUCCGGUCCGCUCCGCUCCGUCUCAUAUCUGGAAUCAUCUUUUUUAAAAAGGACAAACUGGAACGAUAUGAGAUGCUUAAAGAGCAAAAUGACCCGUUUUAAGGGUUUUUUAAUCUUAAACUUCAGUUUUAACCUUUUUUAAAAUCUUAUUAUUAAUCAUAAUUUGAAGACAGAUGAUUUGGUAAAGAGCUCUGUUACCAGCAGCCUGUCAGGAUUUAUGUCAUAUUUCAUUAAUUAGUAAAAAUGCUUUAGGAAAACCGUCUGGUUCCCAGAGAGCCGUUUGCUGAAAUAGCUCUUCCUCUGCUGCUUGGCCCAACUCUUCUUCUUUGGUUUCAUCUUGCCAUCUGAGGAUUUUAACCACUUUUCAUGAUAUUCCCAGAGAUGAAGAACAAGAACUGGAUCAUAAAGGGUCUUAGAAGAACUUAUGUUUAAGAAACUGGUUUCCUUGGAGGAUUGGCUCAUUAAAGAAAACCAGUUUCCUGUUUGGAAGCAGCUGAACUUUCC